AUGAAUGAAAAUGAUGAAUAUUCACAUGUUCAACGACGUCUUUGUGCUGUUAUAGCUAAAUCUGAAUGGACAUCAUCGCGUAUGCGUAUGCAAAAAAGUGGUGAAGAACUACGUGAACGUCGUGCAAAAUCACAUCGAACAGCAAAUCAAUUUUUACAAGAACUUCUUGAAAAACGUACUGAUAGCGAUUUAAUCGAUGAUAAUGGUGCUGUUGAUCGAUAUCGUAAAUUUGUUCGAUAUAAAUCAUCAUCUAAUGAUGAUACAACUAGUACAUUAGAUGAAUUUCAUCGACGAUUACGUGAUUUAAACAAUAAUAAUAAUCAACAAAAUCAAAUAACAAAAUUAAAUAAUCAAAAUUUUAAUCCAAUCUUUCCUAAACAACAUCAAUCAUUUCAAAGUGAUUUACAAUCAUCAAUUCAAGAUCGAAACGAUGAAGAAGAUAUCGUACGACAAGUACAUAAUGAUGACAGACCUAAACAAUCCAGAACAAUACCAUCCGUAUCAACAAUUCCAACUACAUCAACUCCAAAUGAUACAACAAAUGAAUUAACUACUUCUACAUUCCAAGUUGAUGAAAGUCAAGAAUUAUCCGAUGUUCAAUCACCAAAUACAUCUUUUAUUGAUAGUCAAACAAAUCCUGUUGAAUCAUCAAUUCAUCAGCAUCAUUCAUCAUUAUUUGAAAAACUUGAAACAUUAAAUUCUUCAUCAGCAUCUUCAACUCAACUACUAACACAAACUUUAUAUGCACCUAAAGCACGUCGAGCAGAUGGUAGUGAAAUCAUACUCUCAUCAUCUUCAUCAUCAUCAAUAUCAAAAAGUCCAUUACCAGGUGUUUCAUCUAAUAUUUCAUUAUAUAAUCAUUCUUAUCUUCCACGUUCAUUAACAUCACGUACUAAACUAAAUACAAGUUCAACAUCAAAACGACAAUUACCAUCUCUUCCAACUAUUCAAUCAACUGAACCACAACAACUACAAGAGCAACAACAAGUUUCACAUGAACAAUUUAAUCCAGAUCAAUUAUAUGAUUUACUUGAUAAUUUAGAUAAUAAAUCUAAUCAAUAUUCUAUGAAUGAUUUUACAAAAAAACUUGAACAAUUAUCUUUAUCAACUGUUAUUCAUAAUUCAGAAGAUCAAUUAAAUAAUAAUAAUAAUUCUUCAAUAGAAAAUAUCUCAAUAAAUAAUGAUAAUGAAGAAAAUAUUCUUCCAAAUUUAUUUAAUCAUUCAUUAUUAUCUUCACAAGAAAAACAUUUUUAUACAACAUUAAAAUUCAAUAUGGAUACUAUAAAAGAUAUAUUUCUUUAUACAAUGACAUUAAGUACAGUGCAAUUAAGUGCAUCUAUAUUACUUCCAUAUUCAAUACUUAUGGGUCGACGACCUUUAAUAAAAUCUUCAAAUGAAACAUGUUUUAAACAAAUUCUUACUAAACAACAAAAAAAUACAUGUCAAGUAACAGCUAUUGAAUCAUCUUUAAACACAAAACAACUUCAGCAAAAUGAUAUUCUAUUACAAAUUAAUGAUCAAUCUGUAUGGGGUUUAUCGACAGAUAAAAUAAAUGAUAUUUUAAAACGAUCUAAUAAUUGUUCAUUGACGAUAGCUCGAUUAUGUCAACCAUUUAUUUAA